CAAGUUUUCCUUUUCCGCAUCAGUAAAACCGAUACGUCUUUUCCUGCCUAGUUCCGGGUUAAACGUCAGGAACAAGGGACUUUAACGCGCCCGUGUGAUAGCAAGGGCUUCAGAACGUUCGUGGACUAUGAAGGAACCCACCUGGCCACCCGCCCCUUCUAGAGCAGCACAGUACUUCCGUCCUUUGAUAACUCCGCCCCCGGCAGACCCCAGGCUGCCGUAAACCACCUCACUGCAUUGUCGCAAUGAGCUCUCUACCCCGCCCUUAAAGAGGCGGAAAGGUGGCCACACUUGGCGGCCAGCUGGGGAGCGCGGCUGCAAGAUGGCGGCGCUGGCAGAGGAGCAGACGGAGGUGGUGAUCAAGCCUGACCCAGAGGGACCGCAGGCACUCCCUGCCGCGCAGCCGGGCGACUGUCCAGGCGAGGGCAGCGGGGGCAGCCACAACAGCAGCCAUAACGGAGGUGGCAGCGGCGGUGUCGCGGCGUCCUCAGCCGGCGGCGAUGGCGGGACCCCGAAGCCCGCCGUGGCUCCUCCGGCAGCUGCGGCUGCUGCGGCGGCGACAGCGGCUCCGGGGGGCGCGGCCGGGGCUCCAGCAGCCGCUGCCGAGGGCAUAGCCUCUCAGGACCGGCAGACUCUGCUGGCCGUGCUGCAGUUCCUGCGGCGGAGCAACCUACGCGAGUCCGAGGAGAUUCUGCGGCGCGAGGCCCGGCUACUAGAGGAGGCGGCGGGAGCCGGCGCCCCAGGGGAGGUGGACGGGCCGGGGGCCGAGGCCACCAGCACGCUCCUGAGCCGGGUCGCCGCCGCCGCCGCCGCCGGGCCCACUGGACCGGGCCCCGGCUCGGGCUCCGGUCCCGGCCCCGGAGUCUGCCCCGCGUCCGCGGGCCCCGGUGCCUCGGGGACCGGCACGGGGAACUCGGGCGCCGCCCCGGCCGCGGUCGCUCCGGCCAAAGUUGGAGUAGUUGCAGUAGAAGACCAACCUGAUGUCAGUGCAGUAUUAUCUGCCUACAAUCAGCAAGGGGAUCCAGCAAUGUAUGAAGAGUACUACAGUGGACUGAAACAUUUUAUUGAAUGUUCCCUGGACUGUCAUCGAGCAGAAUUAUCUCAGUUAUUUUAUCCUCUCUUUGUACAUAUGUACUUGGAAUUGGUCUACAAUCAGCAUGAAAAUGAAGCAAAAUCAUUCUUUGAGAAGUUUCAUGGCGAUCAGGAAUGUUAUUAUCAGGAUGAUCUGCGAGUGUUAUCUAGCCUUACCAAAAAGGAGCACAUGAAAGGGAAUGAGACCUUGUUGGAUUUUCGAACAAGUAAAUUUGUUUUGCGCAUUUCCCGUGACUCUUAUCAACUCUUGAAAAGACACCUCCAGGAGAAACAGAACAACCAAAUAUGGAACAUAGUCCAGGAGCACCUGUACAUUGACAUCUUCGAUGGGAUGCCUCGGAGUAAGCAACAGAUAGAUGCUAUGGUGGGAAGUUUGGCCGGAGAGGCAAAGCGAGAGGCAAAUAAGGCAAAGGUUUUUUUUGGCUUGUUAAAAGAACCAGAAAUUGAAGUUCCUUUGGAUGAUGAAGAUGAAGAAGGGGAGAAUGAGGAAGGAAAGCCCAAAAAAAAGAAACCUAAAAAAGAUAGUAUGGGAUCUAAAAGCAAAAAGCAAGAUCCUAAUGCGCCGCCUCAAAACAGAAUUCCUCUUCCUGAAUUGAAAGAUUCAGAUAAAUUGGAUAAGAUAAUGAAUAUGAAAGAAACCACGAAACGUGUGCGUCUUGGUCCAGACUGUUUACCUUCCAUCUGUUUCUAUACAUUCCUUAAUGCCUAUCAGGGUCUCACUGCAGUUGAUGUCACUGAUGAUUCCAGUCUGAUUGCAGGAGGUUUUGCUGACUCUACUGUCAGAGUGUGGUCUGUGACUCCCAAAAAGCUUCGCAGUGUGAAGACUGCAACAGACCUCAGCCUUAUAGACAAAGAAUCAGAUGAUGUUUUAGAAAGAAUCAUGGAUGAAAAAACAGCAAGUGAAUUGAAGAUUCUAUAUGGGCACAGUGGGCCUGUUUAUGGGGCAAGCUUCAGUCCUGACAGAAACUACCUACUUUCCUCCUCAGAAGAUGGCACUGUCAGGCUAUGGAGUCUUCAGACAUUCACUUGUUUGGUAGGCUACAAAGGACACAACUAUCCAGUGUGGGACACACAGUUUUCUCCAUAUGGAUACUAUUUUGUAUCAGGAGGACAUGACAGGGUAGCCCGGCUAUGGGCUACAGAUCAUUAUCAGCCUUUACGAAUAUUUGCUGGCCACCUUGCUGAUGUGAACCGUACACGAUUUCAUCCAAACUCUAACUAUGUUGCUACGGGUUCAGCUGACAGAACAGUAAGACUGUGGGAUGUCUUGAAUGGGAACUGUGUAAGGAUCUUCACGGGACAUAAGGGACCAAUUCAUUCUUUGGCAUUUUCUCCCAAUGGGAGAUUCCUGGCUACUGGAGCAACAGAUGGCAGGGUACUUCUUUGGGAUAUUGGACAUGGCUUGAUGGUUGGAGAAUUAAAAGGCCAUACAAAUACAGUAUUUUCACUUAAGUUUAGUAGAGAUGGAGAAAUCUUAGCAUCAGGGUCGAUGGAUAAUACAGUUCGUUUGUGGGAUGCUAUAAAAGCAUUUGAAGACCUAGAGACUGAUGACUUUACUACAGCCACUGGACAUAUAAACUUGCCUGAAAAUUCACAGGAUUUAUUGUUAGGAACCUAUAUGACCAAGUCAACACCAGUUUUACAUCUCCAUUUUACUAGAAGAAACUUGGUUUUAGCUGCAGGAGCUUAUAGUCCACAAUAAACCAUCUGUAUUAAGACUUUUUGAAAGCCACUCUCUGGAAAAAAAUGAUACUAAAAAGUAAAAUACCUCAGAGAUUAACAUUUAAGCCACAAAGAGUGUCUUAUCUAAAAGGAUCUGGAAGAAGGCUGCUUGGAAAUCUAAACUGGACAACAGUUUAUUUAACUACUUUCUGUGAGUUGGAUACAUGGCAUGGAUGCUGUAGAAAGAAACCGGUGCUUUGGAUUAUGUGGAAACUAUGCAUUUUCUGUUCAAAUUCCAUCUUAAUUUAUUUUCUCUUAAAAAACUAUAAUUACUGACUUCAAUAGUUUUUACCCACUUGAAGGUUCAAAGCCCUUAGUGUCCAAUGUAACACUAAGUUUAGGUUGGAUGAAGCUCUACCUGGGUAUAUUAUUGAUAUGAAAAAAUGAAAUUUAGCUACUGCUUGGCAUUUAAGUGUACUUUAAGUACCCAGUACUUAAGUGUAACAGAGCAGUUGCCUACUCUAAUAAGUUUCUUAUUUUUCACCUUAAACAAUCACAUAUACUCUCAGUCCACUGACAUCAAAUAAACAGGAGUCUGGUCAAUUUAAAUAAACCUCUUGGCCUCCUGAGUAAAUCUCAGUGCACUAUUUACAGAGGUCUGAGUAAUUAACUUAAGUG